AUGUUUGGACGCCUCAAAUCCGCUGGUCUGCGCGAUAAGCUGGCCGGACAUUGUCUCCCUGGCUUUGUGCCAUCCGCAACCUCAUUUCCACAUGCUUAUCCCCCGCCAUACACUGGCGUAUCGUUCCUCGAUCACAUUCUUUGCCCCCUUAUCACAUUCUUCCAAGUACUCAUGGGUUCUGAGGAGUCCCUGUCCUAUCUGGCAUACGGAAUUGGAAUCGGCGCGCCACUGGUAUUACUUCCCGCAAUUGAGGCGUACCGUACGGGGCAAAGUCUAUUUCUCGCGUUUCCCGUAAUAUGGGGUCUCCUCACUCAGGUAGCGACUGUUGGCGCAGUCUUUCCACUAUACUGGCUGACGGUCAUUAUGACUGGAGGCGUCAAGAAAACGCGAAAUUACCCAUCCGGUUCCUUCAAACAGGCAGAAGCAGAAGCCAUCGUUUUCGGUAUCAUCGUCGGUGCGGCCAUACCGUCCGUGGCCAUGCUGGUGAUGGACGACCCAUCAAUUAUUGCAUUGUGGCAGCCAUAUCCCGCCUAUGUCUCCGUUGCCCAGUUCCUCCACCUUCGAUUCAGACCCUCCUCGAAAUAUUCACAUUCAGGAUUUAGGACCAUGCAGGUGCUAUAUUUGGGCUGCCUCCUCAUUUCUUCUUCUGUCCACGUCUCAACAAUUUGGCCUCUCUUGGGCAACAUCAGCCAGACGAAGGCAUUCCUCAUCCCAUCACUGUCACCCCUUGACCAUGCUGCAGAUAUGCGCGUCCAUAUUCUCGAAUUCUUGAAGUGGGACAUUCUCAUCGCAUAUUCGGCGACAGCUCUGGCCUUGCUUUGGUUCGCCCGGAGUGCCAUGCAGCUCGUUGGUAUCAUCGUUUGGUAUAUGAUAGGUAUCCCACUUUUUGGCUUUGGUGCUACUGUCAUGGGAGUGGCGAUCUGGAAGGACGAUUUGUUAGGUUAA